AUUUUUAAUCAGUCACUUUCUAGUCAACUUCGGACUUCGGUAACUUCAAACGUCCAAAACGAAGUUGGGGUUACGAACUAUGGCGAAGCGGAAAAUGAGUAGUUGUUUAUUGACUCUUGGUUUCAAACUAAGUUCUUGACAAAAACAAAGCAAAGUACUCCUCCUGUAAUCAAAGAUGUCUUCCAGGACGGCUGAACUAGCGGCGAGCGUUCCUCGUUCGCGACAACUCGACUUCAACAAAGCUAUGUCGGAUUUUAAGGUGAUGUUUCCGACUUUCGAUUACGAAGUUAUCGAGAUGGUUUUGAGGGCAAACAAUGGUCUGGUUGAUGCGACGGUUGAUCAGCUUUUGGAAAUGCAGGACGAAAAUGAUGAAACGAAAGAGAAUGGACUUUUAGAUCCCGAAUUGAACGUGCGAUUGCCGUGUUAUGACGAUGCAGGAUCGACAACGUUUGAGCCGCCGCCGGCCUACACACCUAGAGUAGAAGAAGACCCAAAUUUCAGAUACGAUUCUUCGUUUUUAGAGCCACAUUUGAGUAGUUUUAACGCUUACCCAUCUUCGCAAAACACGCCGCCUUCGAGCAGGGCUAGUUCGCAAUUUCAGCCGCCUCUUGUAGGAACACUACCGAACGAUUUUCUGAGGUUAAACCUCGACGAUAAUGGAGCGAACUUUAAUAGACCUUCAGGACACUCGCCUCAGCUUCGACAAGAUGAAGGAAUCUAUGCGGAAAACCCACUUUACGAAGUUAGUUCGGUGGGACGAAAGCAGUGUAUGGGCUCCUUUGGAACACCACGUUAUAAUCAAGAUCCUGGGCCAAGUUCAAGGGCUGUGUCAGGACCAACUGCCGUGAAUGGCUAUGAUCACGGAUUCGACUCGAUACCAAGCGACCAAAGUCAGGCUAAAUCCUGUGGGAAGAAAGGAAAGAGCAAAAAAUUUGGCCAAAUGUCCAGAAAGUUUAAAAGAAAGAAAACAAAAACUAGCAAAGGUCCAACAUAUCAACAGAUGUCCGGGACAAAUUUAAUAGAUGAUGAUAGUGGUGACGAUAGAGAUGUUCCAAGGUAGAUUGAAAUAAUUGAAUCACUGGAAGACUAUAGCAAAGUUUUAUACUUUCCAUGGAUCAUGUGGUGGAUGGAGAACCAAAUAUAUUUAAAGAUAAAUCUCAAGAUUGUUUACCCAAAACAAAUACCAUCAGUUAUCAACCUAAGAAUAGGAAAAUAUAGCAUAAUAUUCUUGAAAUUUUGCAUGGUGAAUUAAUAACUUUUAUCUGCAAUUUGUGGAAACAACACAUGUAUUUGUGAUAUAACAAUUUUUUGUACCUUGCAUAUGACAAAUACAUGUGGUGUUUCCACAAAUUGAUGGUGGAAGAAAUAUAGCAAGUCUAUGUGCAUCAGAUGCUGGUGCAGUUAACAGGGAACACAAAAAUGUUUUUAAAUUGUUAACGCAGGGCUGUUGUUUAACAUUUUCUGGCAAUUCUGAGGAUGUUUUGUUGAAUAAUUUAUGUGUGGUUGUAGUGUUGAAUGUUUAUAUCAUAAUUUCUCAGAAUGUGUCUCCCUUAGUUGCAAUGUAUAGAGAGCAAAUACAUAAUUUAUAUUAUUGGAAUAUCUCAGGGUUUGUCCUGAAGAAAGAUGGCUAGAAAUGACCAGGGAAAUCCUGGAUGAUGGGACAGUA